UAGUCUAGUCUAACAGGCUACAGUUUAAGUGAAGUUUUUUGAAAAUUUAAAAAAACUUGAUAAAAAACUGGUCAUUGGGAAAAGUGUACAAUGGAAAAUUGUCUUUGGUAAAAGUGGUGUGAUCCCAUCCUAGCGUGUAGUGUGUACAAUAAUUAGCGUGGUCACUAUCAAGUUGGUUUUUUAUCACAAUAUAAUAUUCACAUUUCGGUUCACUAUUCACGUUAUGCAGCUAGUGAGUGACGACGGUGUAAUUUGAAACUGUAAAUAGUAGUAUUAUAAGGGUUUCAAGUUCAGUUUCAAGAUGAACUAGUCAAACCUCGGUUAACACGUUCAGGUUUUUGUUUGAUUGUACAAUAAUUACUAUUGUUUGUAUAAAAAAAUUAACUCGUACCCUUGUAGUUUUUUAUUAUAAAAUUGUAAUUUGGCAGUUUCUAAUAAUGGUUUUUUAAAAUCUACUGUACGAGGUCAAUUCGAUUAUUUUUCGCACUAUGGUUGUGAACUCUAGCUUGAAGUAAUUCGAGCUAGUAAUUUGACCACAAUGUUUUUUAGAAUGCUUACUAUUAAGAAGUUCUAGAUUUAGUAGUACGAUGGUGAAUUCUAAUUGGGAAAAUACUUCUGUUCCAAAACGCCUUCCAAACAAGGUGUCGCAGUUUUAUUAUUCCUACGGAUUAUUUUGUGCCUCUCAUCCUGUUUUUGCAUUGGUGUUAGCUGUAUUUAUUGUAAUUACAUGCAGUUUAACAUUAUUUGGAUUGCCAUUGUUCAGUAAUGUCGCACAUUCAAUUGUCACACCAACAUAUACGCCAGACAAUGUAACAAAUCGAUGGUUUCAUGGGCAUCCUAGUAUAUAUAUACAACAAAUUAUUUUGAGAUCCAUCGUGACUCCUUGGACGGAAGAUCUUGUUUUAUCGGAUGCAUUCAGAGGUCCUUUAGCUGAAUCAUUUAGAUUAGUUGAAAUCAUUAGAAAUUACCAAAUGCAAAAUAAAAUGUCUUUGAAUGAUAUUUGUCUGCACGUUGAAACUAUCAAUUCUGACAUAAAAUUAUUACCAGAGUAUAAUUGUUUAAUUGUAUCUCCAAAUAACUUGUGGCAUCAAGAUCCAGAAGAGUUUCGUGCUGACAACAAUCUUGUGAAAACAAUUUUCACGCAUCAGAAUCCAUCGAAUAUAAAAAUAAGUAUUCCAGAAAUUGUGUUUGGGAUGCCUAUAAAGGAAACAGGAAUUAAACGAUAUUCUGUACAUCCUCGCCAAAGAGUAGUACAGUUUGCUAUAACAAUAUUUAUGAAACAGCUUGUUCCUCCUUAUAUUGAAGGUUUGAAAAAUCAUUUAAAAGACGUAUAUCCAAUAAAUGUAAAACAAUCUCAACUUCUUUCGGAAACUUCCACGAUGCACAUAUACUACCCUGGAGAAGUGAAUUAUGAGACAAUAUUUGUAUUGAUUACAUGCUAUAUACUAUUGUUUGUAUAUGUUUAUUACUCAAUUCAAAAAAUGGAUGUGUUUGGAUCUAAAAUAGGAAUAAGUUGUGGUGCAGUUUUCACUGUUGUUUCAACACUUUUAACAACUAUGGGAUUGUGUUUUUUAUUUGGACUAGAUUUUACAAUUAGUGUUCAAAGUCAGAUGGUGUUUCCUUACUUAGUUAUUGUCGUCGGUCUGGAAAAUAUGUUGAUAAUAAUUAAAUCUGUGGGAUCAACGGCGCCUAAUUUAGAUGUAAAAAUACGGUUGGCUCAAGGUAUAAGUAACGAAGGAUGGGCUAUCACACAGAAUCUUUUGAUUGAAGUUACCAUUUUGACUGGAGGACUGUUAACUUUUGUGCCAUCUAUACAAGAAUUCUGUAUAUUUGCUAUAGUGGGUUUAUUGUGCGAUUACUUUUUUCAAAUGGUUUUCUUUCUUGCACUUAUUUCUUUAAAUAUGAAAUCUGUUGAAGAUUCCACGUAUCAAAAAACGUAUUAUCCUUUUUCGUUUACAAAUUUAGCCAAUAAAAUGCAUAAAUCUAACCCGCCUGCAUUGAAACACACGAGUCGCAGUGGAGUUAUGUUAAAAUCUGCAUCUCAUCCGCGGUUAAACGGUCUACAGAUUAUGGCCUCGAUAGAAGAUCCACGUCGUAAACCUUUAUCUAAACGUUUAAAAUUUCUUUACUUUUGGGCCUCCAUAAGAAUAGUUCAACGUGCUUUGAUGUUGAUUAUGAUUAUUUGGAUAUCUGGCAUUAUUUAUAAUACAAUAACUGUGCAAGACUUUUUUGAGUUGAGAAAAUCUAAUCCAUCUUCGGAAUUACCAAAAUCUCGGCACAAUUCCGAUAUACAUUUUCCUCUUGCUUGGGAAGAAGGUCGAAGAGCUGUUAUUAUUGAAAAUAAAGCUAGAGAUGCUGAGAAAAAAGAACAAGAUAUAAAUGAAAAAAUGAACAAAACAAAAGAUAAUGAUUCUCCGUAUCAUAUACAGCUGUUAAAUGCAGAAAAAUGGCCAUGUUGGCCAAGACUUUCGUGGUACAAUUGGCCUUUUUUGAUGGGUCUAUAUAAUAUGAGUAUUGCUGGUUCUUAUGUGUCUAUCUUACAACCUAUACUUUUGGCUCAUUCUGUGACGCCAAAAGAAGCGAUGUCCUUACGAGAAUCUCUUAAUGACGCUGACAAAUCUUUUCCGUCCCACUGGAAAUCUUUGGCUGCUGCACUUGAUCCUUUUGAUUUUGUUGAUACUCAUAUAGUAGCUCCCCUAGAAAACCGAAAGGAUAUAAAUGUUGAUAACUCAUCCGAGCCGUUUAUACCAACAUCGCCAUCUGAACUAAUGUUAAUUACUGUUCUGUGUUUAAUUAGCAUUUUAGUAUUGGUUUACACAUUGGUAAUGCUUUAUCGAUGUGUAUGUAGUCGCAAUUAUGCUGAAUGGAGAGCUGGCUGGAGUCAUGAUUUAAGUUAUGUGCAGCAUGAUUCGGGUAUACAGGUAAUUUUGGAAGCGGUUCCAAUAGAAUUUAAAGGACAUUUGCAAUCUGUAGAAUGCAUUGCCACUUAUGGGAAUAUUAUCGUCAGUACUUGUCUUGGAGGUUGUGUCAAUGUUUGGAACGCGUUAACUGGAGAGUUAAUUUGUAAUAUCGAUCGAAACAAUUUAGAGGAUUCGAGUGAUGAUGAAAUAGGUGAUAUAAGUUUUACUGAAGAUGCAUCUAAUGACCUUAUGGAUUUUACAUCGGAUUCCAUCAAUAGUUCACGUUUGCUACUCGAGCCUUUGAAAAAUACAGAGCAGUUGUGUGCGAGGUGCAAAAAUAUAAUUUCUAAUGAAAACAUCCAUUCCGAUACCUUAAACCAGGAUGCGAAAAAAUCUAAAUUGCCUUUGAGUAUCAACCAAAAUGAUUUGGAGACUAGGUCAAGAAAAUUAUCUGAAGAUGAAAUCAGUGUCAACUCGCAGAUUUGGUGUGUUGAUUGCAAUGAAAAUGUUGUUGUUUUAGGAUGUGCUGAUGGUUCAUUACAAUUUUGGGAUUUAUAUAAUGGAUCGCUAAAAUGCCAGUGGCAGACUGAUACUAGUGACGGUUUUACAGCCAUAAAAUUAAUCAACAAGUAUGUCGUUGCUGUAAGGUUAAAUGGAUCAUUAGAUUAUUUUAAACUGGACAUAUUCAGCGAUUCUACUCUUAGAGAAACUGUGGAAGUAUCAAAAACCAAAUUUGCCCACAGAAAGCAUGUACGAACAGGAAGUAUAGGAUCGUCUAUAAACACUUAUAAUUCAACAAAUGACACUGUACGAUGUCUACAUUUAGAAUCUUUGAAAGCACACAAUCAACCAAUAACAGUUCUUGAAACUAAUGGAGCGUUUAUUGUCACUGGUAGUCAAGAUCAUAUGCUUAAGGUAUUUAGAAUUGAAGAUCGGCAGCUUUUGUACACGUUGCACGGGCAUUAUGGUCCAAUAACUUGCUUAUUCAUUGAUCAAGUAAAUCCCCAUAUGGCAGCAUCUGGCAGUCAAGACGGAAUGAUGUGCGUUUGGGAUUUAGUGACUGGUACAUGUAUGUAUACAGUACAAAGUCACGACGGGGCAGUUUUAGGCUUAACGUGUUCAGCCAGCUAUGUAAUUAGUAUUGGUCAAGACGAUCGAAUUUGUGUUUGGGAUCGAUUUCAUGGUCAUAAACUUAACAGUAUUCAAAUUUGUAAUGUAUAUUGUUACAAUUUAGCAAUGCUGACCCACAAUUUGCUCAUUACCUCUAAACAGGGUUGUAUAGUUAUAAUGGAUGUUCAAACAGGAGAUCCAGUUAAAGUAUUUAGUUUGGGAGAUUCAGACUGUAAUGUUGUUACUCAAAUGUUGACAUUAUCAGAUAGCAUUGUUUGUGACUAUGGUACAGAAUUGCGGGUCGUACGGUUCCCUAUGAUAGCUACUAAAGAAGAUUAGACUUAACAAAUGACAAAAAUAAAGACAAAUUAUAUUAAUAUUUUUUUUUUACUCAAAAAUAUAUUUAUUUUUAUAAUUAUAUGAUCUCAAGUUAUUUUAAAUAAAUU